CUCAAUCCUGGCAUAAUGUCUACUGCUUGGGAUUUGUAUGAUUCUUUUGUUGCUCUGGAGCUUUCAUCUGCAUCAGUUCAACAACCUGUACUUGAUUCCUCGAGCAGUAAAGGAAGUAUGCUUAAAGAUCAGGACCAAAGAGGGCAAGGAAGUACUACAGAAAAAAAUAGUGAAGAUAGUUCUAUAAUGGAAAUAGAAAAUGUAAUUCUGGCUAAAAUGCAUGAUGAUGAAGAAGACAACUCAGAUGCAAUAUUCAAAUCUGAAAAGUUUCAUCAGGACUUAUUUUUUAUGGAACGAGUUAUAAUGGAGAAUAUAUUUCAGCCCAAACUUGCAGCUUAUCAUCAGCUUCCUAUUUUAAAAGAGCCAGAACCUGAAGAGCCUGAAGACUUAUUAGAAGGUGAAAAAGUUGAAGAGGUAGAAGAAGAGGUUAAAAGGGAAGAGGAAGAAGAAAUAGAGAUAGAUGCAGAACAAUCAACAAUAUCAGCCAACUUGGAACGACUUUGGUCCUUUUCCUGUGACUUUACCAAAGGCCUUAAUAUGAGCAGCCUUGCCUGGAAUAAAACAAAUCCAGACCUUUUGGCUGUUGGCUAUGGGCAUUGUGGAUUUAAAGAGCAAAAAAAUGGAUUGGCUUGCUGCUGGUCAAUAAAGAACCCCAUGGCGUGGGGCAUUGUGGGUCUUGCAGUUCUUGUGGGCAAGGGCUUGCCCGCUGGCCCCACAGAUCGGACUACAUUUCCCAGUGCAGGUGAAUCUGGUGUUUUUGAGGACAUCGUGGCCCUGGAAUCAUCAUGA